AGCAGAGAGCAGCGUGCGGAGCGCAGGCCGAGCCGGCACAGGGCAGCAGAGGGCGCGGCGGCCGGGCUGAACGCAGCGCGGGACGCGCGUGGGGCGCAGCGGGCGGAGCGCGGCCGGAGCCCCGGAGCCCCACGCGCCCGCAGCCUGGCAGACAACUGUUGCGGCGGCGCGCGUGGGCAGCCCGCGCCCCUGCAGGCGGCUCCCGCGGGCGCCGGCUCCCGGCUGCAUAGCGAGGAGAGACCGGCGCGGGCACGAGGCAGCGCCGGACGGGUCAAUGCCAGCCGGAUGAUGACCAGUUGUGGCCAGCGGUCCCGGAACGCGCUCGCAGUAUUCUCCCUGCUGUUUCCUGCAGUCCUGUCCGCACAUUUCCGGGUCUGCGAGCCUUACACCGACCACAAAGGCCGCUACCACUUCGGCUUCCACUGCCCCCGGCUCUCCGACAACAAAACCUUCGUCCUCUGCUGUCACCAUAACAACACCGUCUUCAAAUACUGCUGCAACGAGACAGAGUUCCAGGCGGUCAUGCAGGCAAACCUCACAGCCGGCCCCGAGGGCUACAUGCACAACAACUACACAGCGCUGCUGGGAGUGUGGAUCUACGGCUUCUUCGUGCUCACCCUGCUGGUCCUGGAUCUGCUCUAUUAUUCCGCCAUGAACUACGACAUUUGCAAGGUUUACCUGACCCGGUGGGGCAUCCACGGACGGUGGAUGAAACAGGACCCCAGGCGGUGGGGGAACCCUGCCCGAGCCCCUCGACCCGGACAGCCAGCCCCCCCGCAGCCGCAGCCGCAGCCGCACCCGCAGCAGCCUCCCCCCGGUGCCCUGCCGCAAGCCCCCCAGGCUGUGCACACGCUGCGGGGAGACACACACAGCCCGCCCCUGAUGGCCUUCCAAAGCUCAUCUGCCUGAAAACCCUUUUGCUGUGCCUCAGGAUGGAGGAGGUUAGACCCAGAGCACCUGGUGCAGCCUCCAAGAACAGCUUCAACCAAGACACCAGGGAGAGCCGGGGCAACGGUGUGGUAACAGAAGAGGAAAAACCACCUGUGCCCAGAACCCCCUUCCGAGGACUUCUGAGAUCAGGAGCAAACUCAGGGUCCGGGGACAAACAGGGUGCAGGAAAGGGGCUCUGAGCCACCUGUCUGCAAGCAAUAGUUCUUUUUUGGGCUGGUGGCUUCUGAGAAGAGACUCGGUGUGGACUGAGAUGACCAACACUUAGCUGCCCUGGCUGACCCCAGCCAGAAGGAUUUGGGGCCGUGAGUUGUGCCAUGGUCCAAACACUGACGUUUUUCCUGCCUCCACUCCCUCCAAUAGUGGCCCCCUUAGGCCCAUCCGUGUCGGAAUAUCGACCGUGAGUGUGUGCGCGCACGUGUAUGGUCAGGGUGUUCUUUCUGUGUGUUCGUUCAGCUAGUUUUUAAUCGAGUCCCCUCGCCACCGGCUGUAAGGUUCUCCGAUGGGCACAGGUCACUGUGUGGCUGAAGAGUCUUCCCUGUGUCCUCGCCUGAGGCUCAGACCUCUUGCUGUGGCCAGCAACUGUGAGCUGGUAGAGUGGGCGGGCACAGGGCCCAGCCUUCCUGUGCCACAGGUGGCGGGAACUGGAACAUACCAGUGAGGAUGGGUUCUGGUGAAAUCUGUUCCCAUAGCAGCAGGCAUGAGGAAAUAUCUCAGCGGGCUUUGGGCAGCCUAGUUGGAUGUGCUGUGUGGUGCACCAUCACAGUUCCUGGGAGGUGGGCGUGUAACACCUCUGGAAGAGUACAGCUUGGAGAAGGGUGCCACAGUCAUAUGGUCAGGGCAUGGCCCGCUCCACAGUUGUGGAGACCCCAGGGUGACAGGAACCCAGGUCCAGGUUUUGAUUCCCACGGUGUUAACAGGCUCCACAGCCCAGGUCCCCAAUAUGGUCAUUGGAGCACCCGCCUGACAUUUUUACAGUGAGUGCAGCAUCUCCACAACCCAGAUCCUCCACCGUCACUGCCUGAGCCUCCCCCAGGGGUUCACACUAGCCACACACUUGCUGUGCACUAGGCCAGGCAGUGAUCAGAUCCAGGGGUAAGGAAUGCCAGGCUCUGGGAGAAGAACCACAUAGACAGGAUGAAGGGUCCUAAGGAAACCCAGAACAGAGGGUUCCAUGAAUCUGUCUACUUAAAAUGGGGGUUUUCCAAGUAAGCCUGGGUACCUGUAACAUCUGCCCACAGAGCUCAUCAUCAUUGACCCACUGUCCCAGAGCACACAGAAGAAAAGACAUCCCCCCGGAGUAACUAACCCUGUGGAUCUCCAGAGGCCAUGUUGCCAAUGUAGACAUGGCCACCCCACUCCUAUGAGCGAGGCUGAAGUGUUCCUGCCCUCCCUGUGACCCGUUCUUCCUGAAGCUGCAUCCUCACUUGAUCGGCGGUAACCCCACAUAGGAUGGCCGCCCGCCUGCCACACACUGUGGGGGAGAGUGAGCAAGGGGCAGCGAGGAAGGAAGAGCCAGCGUGGAGGUGCCCUUGGGGGUCACAAGGUAUAUUGUGGAGGCUGUGUGUGGAGGCUUGGGUCGUCAGGGGUGUUUAAGCCUGGGUUCAAACCACACGCAAGACCAGCAAUGGGACCUAGAGAGGAAGAGCCAAAGGCCACAAGAGCCACAAUCCCGUUGGGUUCCUAGAAGCAAACAAGCUAGGGUGGCCAGGACUCAAAGCGCAACAGAGGUGAAGGGACAGUUCCUCAUGCAGAUCUCUGUAGUCCCCACAAUGGUGUAUACACACACACACACACACACACACACACACACACACACACACACACGCACGCACAAUGCUUCUCCAUCCAUAGUACUGUGUGCUAGAACAUAAAACUCUUCCCACUCUGGCUGGCUCUUCAUCCUCUCAGCCCCACAUGAGGGAGAGAUGGUCCCAUUGGUGGACAUGGAAGCUGUCACUCUAGCUGGCUCUAGAGGCCCUACUGGAUCAAAGGCCUCUGUCUCUGCACCCAGUCGGUUACUCUUAGAUGCACUGUCGUGCCCCCGCCCCCCCCAGCCUGGAAAGCCUAUGCUUGGAUCUUGAUUAAAGAUGGGCAUGGGCCCUCUCCCGCAUGCUGCAGCAUCCGAGGGUGUGUGCAGCCAUUGCCCUGGAGGGUUUUAGCAAUAGACGGGCUGGGUCAGCCCACACCUAUGCAGAGCCUCUGCAGGAAAAGGCAUCCUUGUCCCAAGCUGCACAGAUUCUAAUGUCACCUGAGGAAAGAGAUCACAGGCAAGACCCGGGGCCCUCCUGCCUCGGUUUCCCCAGUAGUGAGAGGAAGGAGUCAGAUCAGAUGUUGAGGGGACUUCUGGCUUUGGGUGGCUCUGGGUAACCCUCUUGCAGCUGCCUGCUGCUCAGGGCUACUUCCUCUGUGAAGCCUCCUUCCUCAGACACAGGAGGCCAUGGCCAUACAGACAGCAGGGUACAGGGUGGGGGUGGGGUUCUCCAGCAGAGGUCUCUUAGGGAAUAGCUGAAGGCCCCCAUGAAGAUUCUGGUUGAGGACCUGCAUCUCUCAUCUAUGAGAGACUGCAUCUCUCGUAUAUAUGUCUGAGGCUAAGAGUCUAGACACUGGCCAGGACACAGGAGUGCCCCCAUGGCCGGAGGUCAGCAUAGAAUUUGACUUUCCAGGCCCUGGUAAUCCUGCUCCUUCCAAGCUGGGUGACACCGGCUCACCCACCCAACCUCUCCGAGCCUCCUUUCCUCAUUUGGCAAGCCAGGGUUAAAGGUCAGGGUCUUACGCCAUGCCGCUUCAUAGAGCUACGGAAGGCAAGAGCUGUGUCCGUGUGGGUGUGAGGACUGGGUGGGAUGCACGACCUCAGGUGGCCGUGAUGAAAAUCUGUUCCCAGCUCAUGGUGUCUGUGGCUGGCAGAUGUGCCAGUUAGUAGCAUGUCCUGAAAAGACACAGGGUAGAGACAAGUCCCUGAAUAUUUAUUGAGCUGUCGUGGCUGCCUCGGUUCCCACGGCUGCCUCCUCCAGAUGCCUGUGUCGACACCCCCCCCCUUUUUUUUUUUUCUGUGAGUCUCAGGCCACAGUACACUCUUGUAGCAACAAGUAGCCACAGGAAGCAGAGAAGCCGGUGACACCGUGUGCCCAAGGAGAGUCAUGAGACGUCCUUGUAUCUGUCUGGCAUUUCCCACUGGGAACUGUGUGUCCUUUGUGAGCAGUGUUAUGCCCUGUCGUCUGUAUGAUCUGGGGACCUCCAUUCAGAACUCCUCCCUGGCUGGCUGUAGUCACCAAGGAGAUGGCUUGCUCACCCUGUGUGGGAGUGGCCAAGCAUCUGAUGGUGACUUUCACCAGUGUGCAACGGGCCUUAAUCCAAACAGGAGCACAUGCACACACACACACACACACACACACACACACACA